GACAAAAGCUGUACCCCUUCUAGCCACGCCCAGGCCAAUGGCCCUUCCCACAAACACUUUCGUUAGUCAAAAUGGCUGCGUCUUUGAGCUGUCGAAGUGUGAAUUUAUCGAUCGCGCUUGCCAGAGUCGGUACAUCGAUAUGCGUCAACUCUGGAAUACGAACACUUCAUGUCACUGCAAUAUGCUGCAAGAAUCGGGCAGCCCGUAUCCGAGUGGGGAAAGGAGACCGACCACUGACCUAUGAGCAAGCCCUCCACCCCCACCACAUAGGCCACCGCAAGGGUUGGCUUUCUCAGCACACUGGCAACUUACAGGGAGAGGGAGGAGCAUCCGAUCGAACAGUAGAGGACGUGUUCGUGCGGCGUUUCAUCUUCGGCACCUUCCAUAACUGCCUAGCCAAUGAGCUUGUGAUAAAGCGGCGAGGGAACAUGCUGGUGGUGUGUGCCCUGAUGUUGCAGAAACUCCCUCCUCAGAAGUUCUAUUUCCUUAUUGGCUACACAGAGACGCUGCUCUCCCACUUCUACAAGUGUCCCGUCAAGAUGGAGGUCCAGACCUUAGCGGACAAGGCUGUCUACAAGUACCUCUGAGGAGGAACAGGAACUGCUGACAGGAGACAGGUCAUAUAGGACUUUGUGGAAGGACUUAGACACAAUAGUUACCAUUGUUAAAGCUACAUUCUGGGAACAGAAAAACAACAAAAUGGCCACCCCACCACUUGUUUUGCUAUAUAGCUGAGGGAUGAGAUUAGGAAACGAACCUGUCUCAAAUUCAUAAAUCACGUUCUAGAUGCAUGGACUGACUCAUUGACAGUCCAUGACAUCCACGUGAUCAUUUUAAACAUAUUUUGAGGGGUUUACUUCCUUGUUUGUAAUCAGUGAAUAAAACCUUAUAUUUUGGAUUAUAAUAGAGUAUGUUGGGAUAGGCUCAUGAGGCUAUAUAUUCUUCAAGAGUUAAUGGGUAACUUGUAAGUGUCAAGACUUGAAAUGACCAGAUUCCCAGACUAGCUUUACCCUGGGUGAAAAACCUUUGAUUAUAGAAUAUUUGAACGUGUCUAUUGAAAUCUGUUUUCACAUGGAAUGCCUUGCAUUUAUUUACUGUGUGUGUGUGUUAAACAACUGCCUCAGAUGGCUGUUCACAGUAGGAAGGAAUAGACGGGUUAGCUGACAAGGUCACAAACAAUGCACACAAUUCAAUGGGGCAGAAGUCUGUUAUUCUGGAUGGGCAGAUGGCUAGCAACAAUGACAAGAAGCGGCCAUAUGGGGAAUUGUAGGUGGCUAUUUUAUCUUGUUCUUUAUACACUGUCUUGUUUUGACUGAUGUCAUGCCUAUGCUAAUAUGGCUCAAAUCUGCUAGUUAGCCAACCAACAACUGCAACAAUGUAUUUGAGAGAAAUGCUCACUGUGCAAAUGUACUUAUGUUUUCAAUAAACAUUGGAGAGGAAA